AAAGUAUAAGCUAGUUUACAGUGGAGUAAUUUAGACACGGUUUGCGAUCGGUUCCACCGAGUCCUAAAAAAGGACCAUCUAAAACGAUUCACUAGCGAAUCGGUCAUCUCUGCAGGACACGGAGCUACUGCUCCAAUCCCCUCGAACGCAAAAUGAAUUAAUAGCGUGUGUCCUGCACUAGAGAAAUGUAGCUACAGUAAACAAAACGGACACAGGUAGUUACGGGCGACGGUGUACAGCGGAGUGAAGAGUCCUGUUACAACAAACAUUAUUUCUACAAAUGAAAGAUGGCGAACGACUCUCCAGCGAAAAGUCUAGUAGACAUAGACCUUUCUUCACUACGGGACCCAGCCGGGAUUUUUGAACUGGUCGAAGUGGUUGGAAAUGGCACAUAUGGUCAAGUCUACAAGGGUCGACAUGUCAAAACAGGACAGCUGGCAGCAAUCAAAGUCAUGGAUGUCACAGAGGAUGAGGAAGAGGAGAUUAAACUUGAGAUUAACAUGCUGAAGAAAUACUCCCACCACAGAAACAUUGCCACAUACUAUGGUGCUUUUAUCAAGAAGAGUCCUCCUGGACAUGAUGACCAGCUAUGGUUGGUCAUGGAGUUUUGUGGUGCUGGCUCUAUAACAGACCUUGUUAAGAACACCAAAGGCAACAGUUUGAAAGAAGACUGGAUUGCAUACAUCUCCAGAGAGAUUCUGAGAGGUCUGGCCCAUUUGCAUGCCCACCAUGUCAUCCAUCGUGACAUCAAGGGUCAGAAUGUGCUGUUAACAGAGAAUGCAGAGGUGAAACUGGUUGACUUUGGUGUGAGCGCUCAGUUGGACAGGACAGUUGGCAGGAGAAACACUUUCAUUGGCACUCCUUAUUGGAUGGCGCCAGAGGUCAUUGCCUGUGAUGAGAACCCAGAAGCGACAUAUGACUACAGAAGUGACCUGUGGUCAUGUGGUAUCACUGCUAUAGAAAUGGGUGAAGGAGCUCCUCCUCUGUGUGACAUGCAUCCAAUGCGUGCCCUUUUCCUCAUUCCCAGAAAUCCUCCUCCACGGCUCAAAUCAAAGAAAUGGUCCAAGAAAUUCUUCAGCUUCAUUGAAACCUGCCUGGUGAAGAAUUACAACCAUCGCCCCUCUACAGAGCAACUGUUGAAACAUCCUUUCAUUAGAGACCAACCUAACGAGAGACAUGUCCGCAUCCAGCUCAAAGACCACAUUGACCGCACUCGUAAGAAGAGAGGAGAGAGAGAUGAGACCGAAUAUGAGUACAGUGGAAGUGAAGAAGAGGGAGAAGAGGCACAAGAGCAGGAAGGAGAGCCCAGUUCUAUAGUGAAUGUGCCUGGUGAAUCUACUCUGCGACGUGACUUCAUUCGGCUGCAGCAGGAGAAUAAAGAGCGUUCAGAGGCACUGAGGAGACAACAGCUCCUCCAGGAACAGCAACUCAGAGAACAAGAGGAAUAUAAGCGCCAGUUAUUGGCUGAGAGACAGAAACGCAUUGAACAGCAGAAGGAGCAAAGAAGACGACUUGAGGAGCAACAAAGACGGGAGCGUGAGAUGAGACGGCAGCAGGAGCGGGAGCAGAGACGCAGGGAACAGGAGGACAAGAGACACAAAGAGGAAAUGGAACUUAGACGUAAAGAGGAAGAAGAGCGUAGGAGAGCCGAGGAGGAAAAGAGAAGGAUUGACCUUGAACAGCAGUUUAUCCACCGGCAGCUCGAGGAGGAGCAAAGACAUCUUGAAAUCCUUCAGCAACAGCUGCUGCAGGAGCAGGCCAAACUACUGGCUGAUGAGAGGUAUCGUAAGAAUCUUCAGGGCACCUCUCAUGCUGCUCCACCCAAGCAGUCUCCUUUGCCACAAGGAUCUGAACUGUACUCCAAUGGAAAUUCCACUGAGUCCUCAGGCAUGCACAGGCCUAUGGAACCACAAGUCCAGUGGUCUCACUUAGCUGCUCUAAAGAGCAACUCAUCUGCACCCCCUGUGUCUCACUCCCAGUCCUUCAGUGAUCCUGUUCCUAGUUUUGCACAGCUUCAUCUUCGCUCUCAGGACUCCUCUCACCAGCACCACCCAGUGCACACUUCAUACCCUGACCACUCUCAACAUCUUUCUCAAUCCAGGGGCCACGAGGCCCCUGAGCAGACCCUUGAUGAAGAGGUGCCCCCGAGGGUGCCAGUAAGAACAGUGUCCAGAUCUCCUGUGUUGUCCCGUCGAGAUUCUCCACUACAAGCUGGACAGAGGAAUGCUGGAAUUAACAUGGAGCCACGGCUGCGGGUUGAACAGCUCUCAUCUAGACCAGGUAGUGGGAGUUCGUCUGGCUCCAGUAACUCCAGCUUUCAGACUGGAUCACAGGCCAGCUCAGGGGAGAAGUUCAGGGUCCAUUCCUCUUCAAAGUCUGAGGGCUCACCAAUGCAGCUGCCAGAGAUUGCUGGGAAGAAGUCAGAAAAGACGAAAGACAUUGUAAGACCAACUAGACAUGCUGAUCUCACUGCUCUGGCCAAGGAGCUGCGUGCAAUGGAAGAUGUGCGACCUCAUAAUAAGGUGACAGAUUACUCCUCAUCGAGUGAAGAUUUAGAUUCAGAUGUAGAUGAUGACGUGGUGGAGCAGGAGCAGGGUGAUGAAUCUACUUCAGGAGCAGAGGACUCAAGGACAUGCUCAUCAAAGUUGAAUAAUGGUGAAACAGAGUCAGUGAAAACCAUGCUUGUUCAUGAUGAAUCGGAGAAUGAUCCAGCCUCCACCACACCUAGCAAAGAUGUAACUUUAAUCGUUAGACAGAGCAUAGCUGAGAGAAAGCAUUUGCGUCCCAUUCCUGGGCCCAGUCUGGGUCCAGGUUUGAGCCCUUCACACAGUCAAAGUCACCAGGAGAGAAACUGCUAUGCAGGCUGCAUUCACCUGCUGCCUGACCUCAUCCAGCAGAGCCAUCACUCCCCUUCAUCCUCCCCCUCAUCCAGUCAUGGCAGCCCAUCUAUGUCCCCCCAGAUUCCCAUGGACAUGCUGGUAGUCAGUGAGACACAGUCUGCCAGCAACACACUUCAAAAACACAAGUCGUCUUCCUCUUUUACCCCAUUUAUCGACCCACGUCUUCUACAGAUUUCCCCUUCCAGUGGCAGUUCCCUCAACAACAUGGCAGGCUUUAGUAAUGAAGGACGUCUGCUGGACCCAUCUCGUAAGGGCUCUGUGGUGAAUGUAAACCCAGUAAACACUCGCCCACAGAGUGACACACCAGAAAUCCGCAAAUACAAAAAGAGGUUCAACUCGGAGAUUCUGUGUGCUGCACUUUGGGGAGUAAAUCUGUUGGUAGGAACUGAAAGUGGCCUCAUGCUUCUUGAUCGAAGUGGGCAGGGGAAAGUUUAUCCACUUAUUAACAGACGCCGUUUUCAACAAAUGGAUGUUCUUGAAGGCCUUAAUAUUCUAGUGACAAUAUCAGGAAAGAAGAACAAACUGCGAGUUUAUUAUCUGUCAUGGCUGAGGAACAAGAUUCUGCAUAAUGACCCUGAGGUGGAAAAGAAACAGGGUUGGACUACAGUGGGGGAGCUGGAGGGAUGUGUGCACUACAAAGUCGUUAAAUAUGAAAGAAUCAAGUUCUUGGUUAUUGCCUUGAAAAAUUUUGUGGAAGUGUAUGCUUGGGCACCAAAGCCGUACCACAAGUUUAUGGCCUUUAAGUCAUUUGGAGACCUGGUCCACAAGCCUCUCUUAGUUGAUCUGACUGUGGAAGAGGGUCAAAGAUUAAAGGUCAUCUAUGGCUCCUGCUCUGGUUUUCAUGCUGUAGAUGUGGAUUCAGGGGCAGUUUAUGACAUCUACCUUCCCACACACAUUCAAACAAAUAUCCAAACCCACGCCAUCAUCAUCCUCCCAAACACAGAAGGCAUUGAGCUGUUGGUGUGCUAUGAGGAUGAAGGCGUGUAUGUAAACACUUAUGGAAGGAUCACCAAAGACGUGGUGCUUCAGUGGGGUGAGAUGCCCACCUCUGUGGCUUACAUCAGAUCGAACCAGAUCAUGGGCUGGGGGGAGAAAGCUAUUGAAAUCCGUUCUGUGGAGACUGGUCACCUGGAUGGUGUGUUCAUGCACAAGAGGGCACAACGGUUGAAGUUUCUCUGUGAAAGAAAUGACAAGGUAUUCUUUGCCUCUGUGCGCUCUGGAGGGGUGAGCCAAGUUUAUUUCAUGACUCUUGGACGGAGCAACCUACUCAACUGGUGAUGAGGAUGCUUACCUUUAAUGAAAGUACCAACAGACUGUCUCUCUGAACCCUUUGGACCCAGCAUGACAAACAUUAACAUUAAAUUGAAUUUCGAUUCAAGGGUACUUGUACCAUACUUUUGCUGUCCUAGACACUGGCACCGUUGUGGGGAAAACUCAAUCUUGAGUACGUAAACAUAAAAGACAUUCUGAAAGGGAGUAGGAGCUUAUGUGGAAGAGUGUUAUGCCAUCUGUUACAUCCACAGCUCUACUAUUGGUGAUCUGCUGUGUAUCAGUUUUUAUUGUAUUAUUUUUUUUUGUGUGUUUGAAUCCCACACCUUUGAACAUUUAUUAUUAUUCAGGGCUUUGUUUGUUCAGUCUUUGUUAUAUCAAGGAAUUCAAGGGCUGAUAAUUAAUACUCAUGUAAGUCUAUGUAAGUGUAUUUCCAUGGACUGACCAUCUGUGAUGAUAUCUCUUCUGUUGUCAUUUUUUUUUCUUUCUGUGAAAUUGUCAAUUCCCCAAAGACCUGGGUCACACAGUAUCAUUGUGCCAGUUAAUAUAGGGAUGCAGUUUCUAUUUCUUUAUUUUUUUUCUUUUAUAAUAUCAACUAUACAGUUCAUGAGUAUCUUUAUUUUAUAGGUAUUGCACGCGAUAAAUACAUUCCAAAGUAUAUUCCCAUUGAUUUGCAGAAUGGAUUGUUUGAGUAAAGGAAUAUUUACAGACACUUAAAUGUUAAACUUGUAUUCUGUUACUCUGUUAACCACUUUAUGAGUGAACAAUUAAUUUGAUUAU